GAUGGUGUCUCAAUCUUACAAAUAGGAUGCUGAUCUUCGUCACAUCAAAAUCAAAUCUUCUCAUGAGUCAUCGAAUCGGCCGUCUGAACAGAGAAUUCGAAUCACAAUGUUCCUGUGCAUAGUAGACCGAACGGUGGUAACUAUCAUAUUAUACUAUAGAUUCAUUUGACCUGUUCCUGCCCUUUUCCUUCAAUAAAAGAUUUCGUCUUGUUGAAUCCACGAAAAAACGCAGGUGGCGUAAAAAAUUCUUCCACUUUCACGUUCCCUUUCCCUGUCAUUCACCUAGUCACUUCUUCGACCAUUAAAAGCACCUAAAAAGACCAACAAAAUGUCGAUGCCCGAAACAAGUGGUGCUGGUGGGAUGGGGGGCUUCAAAAAGUUCAACAUCCACGCCCAGAUGGAAGCCAUCCAGGCCAAGUACACAGGUUGUGGGCACCCGGACACCACCAAAUGGGAGUGGAUGACAACAGUGCAUAGGGAUACGCACGCGAGCAAUGCUUCACGGUAUUUUUGGAUUAUGACGUUUUACAGUGCUAAGUAUUUUUUAAUGAUGUAAUGCAUUCAUUGAUGUCUGUCUCUGUGUUUACUUACAUUUCUACUAUGCUCUUCUUGUUAAAUGUUACGUGUUGCUUUCAAUAGUGAAAAAUCACGUUCCACCACAGGUUUAACCGAUGUGCUUUGUUCGCGGUAAUCGAAAACGAGUCCGUUGCCCGGGUAAGAUAUAAGCAGCUGCAAUCCAUGAUUCAGCCGUGUGGAAAGCCGCCAGCAAGAAGCGAAAAUUAAGGAGCGAAGGCUUCCAGGGGAUCCUGGGAGAUCUAGUAGGACAUGAAAACAUGAAGAUUCUCCUCCAAAAAAUUACACACGACACACACACACACAGCCACUCCAUCAUACAACGAACAUCAUUCGGAUUCGCCUAUGAUGUUGUAUAACCACUGUAAAAGCUUCAUGGGAUCCCCAUAGAAGUAGUUGUACUCUCAACUAAAAGCGCUCCAGCAACGAUUGAAUCCAACAACCCUGAU